AUGUCUCUCGCAACCCUCGACGUUUCCCAACACCCCUACCUCCCCGCCGCCUCCGAGACGCUGUUCAAGGCCAAGGCAUCGAAGAAGCUGAGCUUCGAGCAAAUCGCCGAGCACAUCGGUCGCAACGAGGUUGCCGCGGCCGCCCUUUUCUACGGCCAGGCCAAGGCAUCCCCCGAAGACAUCGACAAGCUGUCCUCCCUCCUCGAUGUUCCCCGCGAUCUUCUGGAAGAGCAGCUCAGUGGCUUCCCGGAUCGCGGCCGCUCGGUCGAGAUGCCGCCCAAGGAGCCGCUGAUCUACCGAUUGUAUGAGAUCGUGCAGAACUACGGGUACGCGUACAAGGCUGUUCUGAAUGAGAAGUUCGGGGAUGGCAUUAUGAGUGCCAUCUCGUUCUCGACCAAGGUGGAGAAGGAGACGGAUGAGGCUGGAAACAACUGGGCUGUUAUCACUCUGAGAGGAAAAUGGUUUGUCAACAGGAUUGUUUAA